AUUUUGAAAGGUCGAAAAGGAUAGAGAAGAAGGAAGCUAAAAUCAAAAAAGAGUUGGAAGAAAUCGAGACACUUAAUAAUGUUGCUGGACGGAGCACAGAGAGGAUUCAAAGUGAGAGUGAUCAAGUUGAUAGUGAUGGAUCAGCUCAAGAUAUUCCAUGUGAAUUUGAGAAACAAUCCGAGAGCGACGGGCCCACACAUAAUGCACCAAUCUGUGGAUACAGUCCUCGUUUUGAUUGGGUUAUUGAUAAAGACGAUGUGAAAUAUGCCGGUGACGAAAUUUGUACAAUUCAAAAGGCGCGUUGCAAAAAGCAUCGUAAUUGGCAAAGUCGUAAGAACAUGCAGAUAGAAUUGGCAAAAGCCAAUAAGAAAGAUCACCUUUUAAAACUCGCCGGAGAGAAGAAAUUAAUAAAAGAACAAAUGAGGAAACGAAACGAUAUGGUAGAAGCGAUAAUAAAUGAAACAAUUGAUCAUACGGCCGGGUAUAUUCCACAAGACUUGUCUAUACUGACGAAAAAAUUUAAAGACAUGGAAAGUUUCAUUAAUGACUUGUAA